AUGACAGGCGGAGCAUUAUUUAAAUUAUUAUUAAAAUGGUUGAAGACAUUGAAUUUAGAAGUGAAAAAUAUUGUUGCACAAUCAUAUGAUGGAGCAUCUGCAAUGCGAGGCAUAUACAGAGGUAUUGCAGCGCGCCUGAAAGAAGUUGCACCAUGUGAUACAAUUAUUACAUUUAUUGAAAAUCGAUUCGAUGAAAAUAUGAUUGAUGAUAUUUUACUAAUGGAAAAAUUAUUUCUAACUAAAGUACUAUUGAAUGAAAAUGAAUUAAAACAGCUGUCAAAACAGUAUUCGUUAAGUUAUGAUGAUCUACGAGGUGAACAACGUUUAUACAAGGCAAAAUUACCUACUUCUCAAGCAACUUUGCCUGAAAUUAGAUCGUCUAUUCUGGAAAAUCAUUUGAAUGUUUGUUUACCCGUGAUGAAUGAAUUGUUUAAGAUUUUAUGGGCUAUACCUGUAAAUACUUGUUUAUACGAAAGUAGCUUUUCGAUAUUGAGACGAAUUAAAAAUUAUCUUCGAUCUCCAACAAGAGAAGAUUGUUUAUCAGGACUUACACUUCUGAACAUUGAACAUGAUGCUGAAAUCGACUAUGAUGAAAUAAUAAAAGAAUUUGUACCAGUAAAGAAGAGCAGGAAAAUCGUAUUUUAA